UAUCGGGAGAUUGUGAAGGGUGUUUCGCAUUUGUUUUCAUUUUAUUUUGUUAUUGUUUAUUUAAAAUGUUCUUGUGUACAACAUGCUGUCAUUACUGAGUUCAGUAGCGAAUCUUAUUGACAUUGUGCUGCUGAAACCAAUUACGUCCACAAUUGAGACGCUGCUAGCGGCCAUUUACUACUUUUUUGCCGGUAGCUGUUUUGUAGGUUACUGGCUGGUUCAAGGCGGCGCUCACAUCUGGAGCUUCCUCUGCUACGGUUUUCAGUUAGCUGCGACUAUAUUCAAAGACUUCACAAUCUUCUACAGCAAUCUGCGUCACAUAGUCUGCGAUAUUUCCGACUACAUUUACGAUGGCACCGGCGAUGCAUUGAUAUUGGCAAGGAAUGUAUUCAAGGGGAUAUUUCUAUUUUUGGCCGACGUGCUCAUUGGAAUUGGCAAUUGUACAUUGUGGAUAGUGCUUCUGUUGCCACGAUUCAUCAUUGUCAUCUUGGACUAUUUAAUACUAGCACUUCAUUACGUGGCUGCUUGUAUUGUUGAGCAUGGCACAUAUUUGCUUAAUAACAUCUUUCGACUCUCCAUUGGCAUCGUCCUGCUCCUGGUGCUCUAUGUGUUCCGCGGCUAUGUGUAUUACUAUGCCGUCUAUCUGCUAAGGAAACUACGCUAUGAGAUGUCAACAAAAGUGUAUGGAGCUCUGCAGAGUGCAUCAAGAUGGAUAGACCAACAAUUAUCCUGGGUGAUGCAGAAAUUUGAGAUCAGCGAACGAACUGAGAAUGCAUCGCCAAACCGAAUCAUUUGUGUAGUUUGCCUGGACCGCAGCCGGAAUAUUGUAAUGCUGCCCUGCCGGCAUCUCUGUGUGUGCAAGGAGUGCUCCUUGCGGCUAGAACGUCUCGAAGAUGAACGUCGGUGUCCCGUUUGUCGGCACUCUGUGGACGCACUGAUGGUUGUCUAUGACUGACUUAAUAUUAGUUUUGGUGUAUAAUUUUUGUAUUGAUUUUUGUAUAUUUUAUUUAAGACAACCAAUUAGAGCUUAACAUAAGUUUUUUAUAUAAAAUCCACUACUAUUCUC